GAUGUGCUCUGAUGGGGAUGAAGCCUUAUUUGAAGUCUCUCAGGAGGGUCCAAAACAUUUUCAUGUUUUUGCGGGUGAAAACUGAUUUUUCAAGGACUUUGCAGAACCUUUGGUGAAGGGUUUCGAGGGGAAGAUGUCGAUGGUCUCGCAGCUGCUGGUUUCGGGAGUCAACGGUGUUAAAUCAAGUCUUUUGAGGGCAUCGAGCGAACAAAUCGUUACUGUGAGAAAUGCAGCGAAGAAGGCAGGAACAACGACUAAAAAUCGAGGAGGUAAUUGCAGAAAACCUAAGCACAGAGGGUGGAAGGUGCAAGAUGGUCAUUACGUCCAAGCUGGACAUAUCCUGGCAACACAGAUGAACACUAGAUUCCAUCCAGGUCUUCACGUCGGUUUCGGUAGAAAUGGAUCGUUAUUCGCCAUGGAAGCUGGAAGAGUAGUUGUAACAUGUGAGAAAGUCGACCUCAACUGGGAUCACACGUGGAUUCAGAGGUGCUACAGCGGUCGAGAGGGCCAGACCAUCUACAAAAAACACUUCAACGUCAUCCCAGAGAAGCAACACGACCGCUUCAAGCUUGUUGACGCCAUUUAAUCCAUAAUAAUGAUUAAAAACCUCAAAAAACCUAUCAAAUUUGUAAUUAGUAAUUAAAUAAAAUUGAAAAGUCCUCCUAAA